GGCAUGGCGCCUCGCUCACCGGACCGGUCCGGCCAAGCCUAGCUUCACCAACCCCGGCUUUGGAGUCGACGAGUUUAUUUAUAGGGACUACGUCCACUCUCCAGGCAGACACAAGCGCGAGCUGAUCAUCACGCACGCAGGCACGAACAGCGCGCGAUGGCCUCCACCAAGAAGAGCUGGGCGCACGAGAUCGAGGCGUCCGUGGCGGCGCCACGGCUGUUCCGCGCCGGCGUCAUGGACUGGCACACGCUGGCGCCCAAGCUGGCCCCGCAGGUCGUCGCCAGCGCCCACCCCGUCGAGGGCGAGGGCGGCGUCGGCAGCGUCAGGCAGUUCAACUUCACCUCCGCCAUGCCCUUCAGCGUCGUGAAGGAGAGGCUGGACUUCCUGGACGCGGACGGGUGCGAGUGCCGGUCGACCGAAUAUGGCGAUGUCUAA